GUCCUCUGGGCUUGGUGGUCUUCCACCGUGUUAGCGCCCCCUACAGGUUGAGCGAGGAAGAUGAAGGCCGUCCCAGUGCUCUGGCUGACUCUGCUGUCCGUCCUGGCCACCGGCGCUCAGGUCUUCAUGCCGGGCCCGUGCCCCAAACCUGACGUGCAGAGGGACUUCGAUGUGGCUCAGUAUCUGGGCACCUGGUAUGGCGUGCGGAGACUUCCACAUUCCUUCCAGAAGGGGCAGUGCAGCACGGCCACCUACAGCUUCCAGAGUCCCGGUGUGAUCGCCGUGCGGAACGAGGGCCUGCUUGAUGACGGAAGCGUCUCCACCAUCACCGGCUCUGCCUUCGCCGAGGAUCCCUCCGAGCCUGCCAAGCUGCUGGUCUCCUUCCAUGGUGUGGCCACCCCGCCCUCCCCCUACUGGGUCCUGUCCACCGACUACGACGGCUUCUCUGUGGUCUACAGCUGCAAGGAGGUAGGCGGCGGCCACAGGGACUCGGCCUGGAUCAUGAGCCGCCGGCCCACCCUGCCCAGCCAGACCCUGGCUGAGCUGGAGGGCACGCUGGCCUCCGCCGGAGUCCUGGUGGACCAGCUCAUCUCCACCAAUCAGGAUCCAGAAUACUGCGGCCGCAUGAGCCAGUGA